CCCCCUCCCCAGCCCCCGAGCAAUAUCACAGUAACCCUCCCAUGCAAUACAGGCGAUAUCGCACUGCCCCCCCGCCCGCGCUCCCGCAGACAGGCACCUGCAGGUAAACAGCAAGCAUGAGCUUGGCAACACACAACUGUGACUGCCAGGACCCUGUGAUCUGAACCACGUCUACAGCUGUCUUCCCAGUGGUGAGGUGCUGUUGAUCCAGUACCAUGGAGGAUUGCCUUCACACCUCCUCUGAAAACCUCUCCAAGCUGGUGAGCUGGGCCCACAGCCACGGGACCAUCUGCAGCCUCAUCCCCAACCUCAAGCACCUGCUCUCCGAGGGGGCCCAUGGCAACUUGACAGCCAUGUGGGGCUGCAGUGCUGGCCAUGCCUACCACUGGCCCCUGGCCGCCACUUGCCGGGCCGGCUCCCAGGAGCGUGUCUGCUUCCAGGACAGCCGCAGCUUCAACUCGGACAGCCCCAGCAUGCUGGGAGUGCCCUCGGAGGCACAGGCCAGCCCCCUGGAGCGUUACCCAGGCCGGCCAGGGAAGGCCAAGUUGGAUUGCACCCGCACUCGUGACUCCUGUGACUUCUCCUAUUGCAGUGAGCCGUCGGAGCUAGGCGAGCCCGUGGAGGAGUACGAGGAUGAGGCCACCCUCUUUGACAUGGUGUGCGAGUCCUCAGUCACCGAUGAGGACAGUGACUUUGAGCCACACCCCCACCGGGCCCCCUCUGGCCCCCGCAAGCGGCCAGCUGCUGGCCUGCCCGCCGCUGCCCAGGCACAGCCUGCUGAUGAGGGUGGUGGCGAGGUGCUGCUCAAGAAGAUCAAGCAGGAGCUCCCUGAGGACUACUACAUAGUGGCUAACGCUGAGCUGACAGGUGGUGCUGAUGGGCCGGCCCUGGCCCUGACACAGAUGUCCAAGCCCAAGCCGCAGGCCCAGGCUGGGCCCUCCUGCCUGGGCCCUGCCAGGGCCCUGCCCCAGCCUGCCAUGGGCCCCGACCCCGACCCGCAGCGCCUCUCCACCUCCCCCCUGGGCAUGUCCCGGCUGGCCACACAGAGGCCGACCCGGGGCCCCCUGGCCUCCCCAGCACGGGGGGCAGGCGGUGGCCCUGUGGCGGCCCUUCAGGUGCCAGCCACCAGCUCCAACACCACCGCAGCUGCCGGGAAACCCAUCAGCAUCCCCCUCUCAGCCCUGCAGCUGCCUGGUCAGGAGGAGCCACCAGCCUCCGAGGAGACCCUCCUGCCCACCCCGCAGCCAGCCCCAGGGGGCGAGGCAGCCAGCUCGCCCUCGGUGAGCGCGGAGCCUGAGGUCAGCUCCAGCCAGCAGCAGCCCCAUGCCGCCCCCACCGCCCCCCCUGAGGCAGCGGCGCAGUCAGUGCCAGACCAGGAUGAGAGAGCAGCGGAGCUCAGCAGGGAGCAGAAUGAGAAGACCAUUCGCAGCACACAGACAGCUCUCCGCAAUUUCCGAGAGUUCCUGAUCUCCAAGUACCCCUCUGAGACCCGUGAGAUCUAUGUCAUCCCCUGCAAAGAGCUUGAUGCCUACCUUGCUUCCUUCUUUGUGGAUGCCAGACAGAAGGAUGGGUCUGAAUACGAGCCAAACAGUCUGGCCAACUAUCAGUGUGGGCUGGAGCGGUAUCUCAAAGAGCACAGGUAUGGAUACAGUAUUACGAGAGAUAAGGAGUUCAAGAGGUCCCAGGAAGCUCUAAAGCAAAAGCAGAUAGAGCUCAGGUGUAAAGGAAAAGGAAACAAGCCACACAAAUCUAUGAAGCUCACCUUUGCUGAUGAGCUUAUCCUGCGUAAAAGAGGCUUGUUAAGCCGGUACAAUCCUGAAGGGCUGCUGAACCUUGUCUGGCUGAACAACACUAAAGCGUUUGGACACUGCACAGGUUUCCAUGGGUCCACCCUCAAGUGGGGAGACAUCAGGCUGCGGGUGACAGAGACUGGGUUGGAAUACCUGGAGUGGAUGGGGCCAGACAAUGGAGAUGCCAACGCCAAAAGCAAGAGAGGGGGGACGGACUCACGGGUGUAUGCCACCCAGCACUCCCCACAGACCUGCCCUGUGCAAGACUACAAGGAGUAUGCCCAGAGGCGGCCUCCAGCCAUGCGCUACGAGGACGCGCCUUUUUACCUGUCCAUCAAACCUGUCGUCAACUUGGCUGCACUUCACUGGUACAACUGCCAAGCUCUGGGGAAAAACAAGCUUGCCAAGAUGGUAAAGACGAUGUGUGAGAAGGGCAACAUCCCUGGUCGGAAGACCAACUUCAGUGUCUACCAGAGCUGUAGCACCCUCUCAGAAGCGCAGAGCAACCAGCUGGUGCUGAUCUGCAAUAACUUGAGCCAGCAGGCUGCCCAGUCCAUGGCAAGCCACUCGAAUACUGGCAACUUCAUAGUGUCGGCAUCCUAUGACUCUUCCUCGGACACAGCUUGAAAGAGGGAUAUCACCUGAACACUUACUUCUUUUCCUUUUUGUUUCAAACGUUGAAUUUGUGCCCAAUAAUACACAUCAACUGUGAUUGUACACUAUUCCCCCAUAGCCCUCUCUCCAGUGUUAAUUCACUUUAUAAAAAUAUAAAAAUAUAUAAUAUAUUUUUCUUUUUACAAAUAAGUCAAUAGAAAUAGUUUAGUAUUACUAACAUAGUAUUUAUAGUGUUAAUACAAAAAUAAAAGGUUCUUAUGGGUUAUAAUAUAAAUGCAGAUUUUAAAAGGACAAAAAUGGUUCUCAGGCAACAAGAUAGACUGGAAAUACCAUUUUUAACAUGCGCACAUCAGUGAGUGUAAAUCCCCAGGGAGGCUUACGUAGCAAUUCAAUUUUAAAGCAUUUUUUCAACUUCUAAUUUUAACAUGACCUCCCAGAGUGGAGGAGACAAAUUUAUCACUGGCUGCUGCUUCUUACCUGCUGGCUUAUGCUUGAUCAGCAACACCAAGAAAUAAGAGAUACAUCAAUGUAAGUUCAUUAUAUAAUUUACAACAUGUUUUGUCUGUUUUUUAUUUUGUUUCCUGAGGCUCAUUUAUGCUAGAUGGGGAAAAAAACACCUGAAGUCAGCUAAAGGCUAUUUUUAACUUUUGGUUUUGUUGAUGAUUUUCUGUGAUCAAAAUGUUGCUGGUCUUUGGACUAAAAAGCAUCGUUUUCAAAGAUAUGCAAAAGUACAAUAGCAAAACCACUGUCAUACACUUAAUUUUAACUGUUUAAGCAUGGAUUGUUAGUAUUUUGUGACUGUGUAUACUUAAUGUAAGAUCUACUGACUUAACGCCACUUUCAGUAUUCUGGGGAAUGCAACAAGGCAGAAAAAUCCACAAUCUUAUCCCAAACUGUACAAAAAAAUUUGCAUCAAAUAUGUCUUAAGAUGUCAUUUGAAAUCCACAAAAAAACAGCAUAGAGAGUCUAACAAUUAUUUCAUAUUUACUACAGAAAAUGAAAAAGCAGGAUAGUUGUAAGUGCUGGAAAACAAAUUUAAGUCAGCUACGCAUAACCUAUUUCCAUUGCAGACAAUGGAAUACGUGCAUGUGAAUCUGAAAGCAGAAUUUGGUCCUUAAAGCCUUGAAUUAAUGAGUACUACUGUUCCAGCAUUUGAGUUUGCAACGUAAUUGUCCUUUUCUCUAAGUACAGAGAAAACAUUAACAAAUUCAGCACUUCAGUGAACGAGUAUGAUUCUUGACCUUUAAAUUUAUGUAUGGUACUUCUCAAGUAAUUCAGCUUAGUUUAUGUUCCACUAGGAUAUCCCAGGGCCAUGAUGAGGCUUCAGACAAGUCUGCUGGGGUGAUCUAAUGACCACUGAAGUCAAUGAAAGAGUCAACCUCAGCUGACUUCCCAUGGUUGUUGGAUCAAACUGUUCCUGAGGGGCUUUCUUAUUUGUUUUUUUGGUUGGGUUUGUGGUGGUGGGUUUUUUUGGUUUUGGUGGGGGUUUUUUUGUUGUGUUUUUUUUUGGGGGGGGGGGUCUAUUGUUUUGUUUCUGUGUGCAUGUUUGUCUUUAUUCCUUCAUAUUCCUGCAUAUCCUUCGUAUUCUUUAGACCUGCAACUGUGCAGUGACUUUAAUCAUCACUAAUUCCAAAGAAAGGGUGAAAUAGAGGUAGCAGACAGAAUAAAAAUCACCCACCUGGCACCAUUUAAAAACUGUUUUCUGUGUUGCUAGGAUGAAAUGUUCCUGUGUGCGAAGGAGGUGGCAGAAUGCCUGCACCUCACUUAAGCCUUAUUGAAGGUCUGUUUUGGGGAUGGGGUAGGUAGCAGAUGUGCCACUGGGAGGUCUAAGAGAAGAGAUUUCCACUGUAAUAAGCAUCUGUCCUCCCACGAAGCUUCCUGCAGGUGGCACAGCCUGGCUGUGAUCAGUUUGUGCUCUGCACGUAGCAAGGCUAGUACAGUCUUAGGUUUCCUGUGUGCCAGCUGUCCCAGGGUCUUGCACGCUGUGGCAGUGUAACCUCCAAAUCCACAGCCCCUGAGUUACUGGCUGCUGUCUCUGGGGCGUGUAUGGUGGGCAGUGGAUUGGUAGGCUCCAGCAGUCAUUCAUACUGCAGAGCUAUACUUCCGUGACUUGGUCUGGGGGCUUGAGGCCGAAUCAUGACACUGCUGAAGUGAGUGCAAGCAGUGUCCUUGACUUUCAGUGCCAUGGCAAAUCUGGUUUGUAGGUGAAGGAGAAGGAAGCACAAACAGACUUUGGGUGCAGCCAGCAAGACAGCUGCCCAGCUGCCAGACAAGGCCAGCCAUCUGAUUGCUGUUUGCACAGCCUUGCCUUUUGACAGUGGUGCUUUUAAUGUGAUACAGUUAAAAAUAGUUUUGUGAGGCUCAUGCAAGGCUGUGGCGUUUAUUGGUGUUUCCCACUGAGGACUUACCUAGCUGCUCUUAGUAUGUGCUAGAGUGCAGGGGGUCUCAUGCCAAGGAGCUCCCUAAGGGUGCCACGUGAGAACUCGACCAUGGAGCUAACCUCUAGGACAGUUUGGGGUCUCUGUUUCUCCCUAUUGGCACUCAUCUCAGCACUUUGCAGUGGCAGCUAUUGCAGGAUCAGACCUACUUCCCCACCUUGCCUUUCUAGUGCUGCCAACAGGUGGCUAGGUAUCAGCUGUCCUUUGUGGGGCAUCAGAUCUCAGCUUCUCACCUCCCCUCCCCUGCCAAGCUGCUUCUCUUUGCUGGGAAAAGCUGCCUUGAGCUUGUAGGGGAAAGAAGCCACCCUAAGGUGUAGCCACCUUGUGUUUCUUCUCAAGCCCCACGAGGUGGGAAACCAGACCUUAGAACCAAAUUGCUUCUCAUGCUAUUAUCAGGCUCAGAGCUUGGCAGUGGUUCACAUCUUCUGCGGGUAUGCUUUAGGUGUGUUGCUUCAGAGUGGGCUAUUUUGUGGGGGCUAUUUAGUGUGGUAAUUACAGUUACUCUUGUCUCCAAGGGGGCAUGUCACUGGCUGCAGGUAUGCCAUACUGCAAGCAGGUCUUAGAGGUGCUACUUCACCUCAGUGCUGCAAUUCAGCCGCAACGCAGACCUUGGCUCUAUUGGCAGGAGCCAAAAAUGCUCAGUGACCCAGAAGAAAGAAAACGGACACUCUUGCACAUGAGCUGGGAGGUCAUAAAAAGCAUUUCCUAUGACUUCUUGACUCCACAUGCUGACUUGUUCUUUGCCACAAUGUUAAGAUGGUUUGUGCUGAUGUCCAGCCUGUGUGCUGGGUGAGGCAAUGUCUCUUGACACCUGUGGCUUAGCAGGGCACAUCAGCAGCUUUUGCUUGUCUGAUUGGGUGAUAAGCUGUGGAGGAUGUGUGCUUAUUGUGGUAGCCUCGGUAUUAUGGGAGUGGUUUUGUUCUCCUUUGUGACAUCUCUAGUAACUCAAGCUUCCAGUUGAUGCUGAUAGCAGAUUGCCUGGCAAAUUCUGAUGGGGCAGCCCCAAACAGACUGCUUGUUUAAAGAGCACAUAUGGCCAGAAUAUGAUACAGUAGUAUCAUACUCCACAUACAUUAGCUUUGAAGGGCAUUUAGCACAACAUACUACCCAGUCUUCAUUUGUGGACAGUUGCAAGGAGUUGAGUGACCACAGUUUAACAAAUUACUAUUUGUUUUAAGGCCCUGGGGAGGGUUGCUAACCCACUGGGAGGGAGACUUCUGAUUUAAACCACUCUCAUGGUUUUGUCUCAUGCUGGCAGGAGAGAUGUCCCUGUCACUGUGGCUCAGCUACGAGGUGACAGCUCAGUUGCUUAUAAUUGUCUCUCAGUACUCCAAAUGAGGGUGUCAAACCUGCUCCACCAGCAACCUGCAGGCUCACUGCAGCGGUGGGCCACUUCCCUGGUGGUAAGACACCACAGUGUGGCCAGGGGCUAGUGCUAGGAACUCUUACAAGCCUUCCUCUCUGCCUAAGCAAAGGAUUGGGGUCUCCCACCACGGCUCUUGAUAGAGUACCUUUUACCCAGAAAUCAAAAGGGCAGCUGGCAAAACGCUGUCCUGCCUCCUGUCCAGCAGAGCCUGUAAGGCUCCUGACUGCAUUGUGCUCCAAUGUAAAGGCUGAGCUUCUGCAUCACAGUAAGGCUCCGAUUUCUGUAAGAUGAUGGUAGCUGGCUCCAAAGUGGUGCUCGAUUUUCUCCUUUUGCUUUCCCUUCCUUUUUUCCUGCCACUCACCUUUCUUUGACACUGUUAGACCUCUUAGGUGAAUCAUUUCAACUCACUAGCCCAGCAGAAAAUGCAGCAGAAAAAAGGGGAAGUCAGGUAAUUUUCUGUCAGAUUGCUGAGUUGAAUCUGCUUACAAACUGAGAUGCAAAGCCAGUGGGGGAGACACAGGAAGGUGUUCCCCUACCAGUACAUUACACAUCUACACAGAGUCAUUAGCCUGGCUCAGCUACUUCGGCCUUGGAAACCCAUCAAAAGGGUAACACAGACCGAGACUCUUCUGAAUCAUUUGCAGAUGUAUUGGUUGCCUUCAGCACCGUCUACCAGCUUGGGAGAUUUGCUCAGUGCUACCAAGAGCAAAAUUUGGCUUUGAACUUAAGAAAGAAGCAGACUGCCAAAGCACAGGCCUGCACAUAGUGUGAAGGAGUCUGCACCAGUGUUAGUGCAGGCAUUCCCACGUGGCCUUCUCCUGACACCAAACCAAGUCAGACAUGGGGAUUAUACAUGGAUGUCACUGGACUGAUCUGGAUGCAGCUGUGCACAAUAGAAGCACUUGGAUCUGUUCAUGUGAUUGCACAUAUAGCUGGGCAGAGCUGUGGCCACUUGGACAGCUUAAGCUCUGGUUUUUUAGUCACUCAUGCAUGUAUUUAUGAUAUUGUGGGUUUGCACAAUGUACGUGUAUUCAUGCAGGUAAUUGGAACCGAAGUCUUUGAUAUCCGGGUGUUGCAAACUGCCUGUUUAAUUUUCAAAUACGUAAUUAUGCAACAAAAUGUAUUUUUAAGUGUAGGAGAAUGAAUACUGUUGUGAACUACAUUGUAGACGAAAUUACAAGGGAUAUCUAAAAUAACAGCACAUACUUUGUUCAUUUGCAUAGUGCAAUAAUUCUAUGACAGCAGCAUCCAGGCUGUUGACAUAGAGGACAAUCUAACAAUGGAAUCAGUGUCCCUGUUGCACAUUCUCCUUUGUGAAGAACAUCAGUGCUUUCAAACUGUUUCGUGUUUUUGUUUUUAGAAGCUGCUGUGCACUGGUAUUCAGUCUACAGUAUAGCUGCCAUCUUAGAAAGCUGUGUAGAGAAUGAGAUGCAAGCAACAUGUUGUACUGCUGUGCGUGCUUGUCUCAGAUGUUUGUGACCAGAUCUUGUUGUGCUGUUUGCGCAAACGAUGUGAGGUGGGAAGAUGGGGAUCAGAAAGAGCAGGUGGUGUGUCACUCUAGAGCCUGGGCUACCCUAAAGACUGAAACAGCCUUAAAGGAAAGUGAGAUUCCUGUUGCACUAGGUUUCCUCCCUGUCCAGCACAUAUUUACCCUUUCUUGUCACCGUGUCUGAGUGCAUCCCGUAAGUGCAUUGACUGACCUGACUAGUGCAUGGACUGAUCAUCCCUUCUGACAAUAAGCUGCAUGUGAUUGUGAUUGACUGACUGGUCUUCCCUGUCCCCGACAUCCUCACUCCUCUUACCAUCCCUGAUCCUCUAAUAUUCCCCUCUCCUGGCAUCUGCACUGGGGGCAAGGGGACCGCUUUGUGCAGGGCAGCUCUUGGCUGAGAGUUCCCUCCCUGCUAUCAAGUGACCUUGUGCUUUGGGGAUAACAUGCUCAGGGCAGACUGCCUCGUGUCAGGUACGCGGGGUUUGUGGGAUACUCAAUGCGAGCACUCUGGAAGCUCGCAUCUCUUGUACUGGAAGCACUCUUCCUCUCUUUUCUCUUCUGCUUUUUGGGAGAGUGCUGUCAAAUCAUGAAAGAAGAUGAAAUUCACUCCUGGGUAGGGGACCAGGUCCACAUUUGUGCACUGUUUGACUUCCCGCUGACAUCCUUAAAAUAGGACUGAGAUGACUGGUUCUAAACAGUACCUAACUUUUGGCCUCACUCCAUCGUGGAAAUCAGUUCAUCUCAUGUGGUGUGGGCAACAGGGCAUUGGGACCCCCUGACUCCCUGAACUCGCAGAGGCAGUGUGACUGUGGGAAGGAGGAGAGCUUACAGGACACGGAAAUAUCAUAUGAUAUGCCUGAAAAGAUCCAAUUCAUGCCUCUUGGUUAGGGUAGAGAAGGACUCUGCUGUUCACUAUGAAAAGUGGUGGGAAGUGAGUCUGCACUUCUUCAACAAGGGUUCUUUGCUAAAAGUCAAUGUGAAGAGAUGGCUGUUUUGCUGUCCUUGUUCUUAAGAGGGAGGAUGUAUUUUUUUUUCUUUCUGUGCUUUCAUGUGUUUGCUAAAUCUGUACUCUCAGUGCUGAGGAGUGCAGAGAGAAGGCAGUCCAGCAUAAAGUAUGGCUAGAUUCCUAGCCAAAAACUUGAACUAUACUUUCUGGUGACAGUCCCCAUAUGCUGAGUUGGUGGCUGAGAACAGUACUGCAUCAGCUGGUGUCUCGUGGCACAUCUUUUGAGUCUGUGCAGAGCCAGCAUGGGUGUUGCUGCACCACUCUCCAGAAGCUGAGAGCCUGGGGUAGCUUGCCAAGGACACCCCUAUCACCCAGGCAUGUGCAAGCCAAGAAGAGGGAAGGCCUGAAGCACAACUAAAUGAUGGUGCUUUCCCCAUGGACAACGUAUGACAGACACAAUGAAGCUGAGCUGUAUCUCCUCAAGGGUUUUGGAAAGCUAAAAGCCGCCAGGGACAUCACUGCUCCACGUCUUUCACAGCAGCGUAACUUCAGCUGGUGAUGGAGUGGCCCUUCUGAGGACAAGUCAAGUUUCUCUGAGCCCCCAACAAGUUUUGUGGUUGCACUGCUUCCAGCUCCACAACCAGGUGCCAGCCUGCUCCUCCCCACUGCACUGUCUCUGGCUGAAGCCCUGUGAAGCUCUGCUGAAGUUGUCCUCCAGCACCCUGACCCUUCCAAAAGCAGUAGAGAGGCAUUUACCGCAGUGAAAUGCUGGAAGGCUAAAAAGCCCCAUAUCUUAGAGACACCUGUGAGCUUGUUGAAAAGUUUGACACUUGCCAUUCAAUGGAACAUGUUCAAAGGAGUGGUGAUGCUGAAAGCUUUAAUAUCUAAUCUGAUGGCGGGGGGGAAAUUGGUUUGGCAUGAAAUGUGCUCAUUACAUAAACUGAUGGGUUUUAACAAUCUCAAGAGUCUCUGUCUCAAGCAAGGAAUUUAUUUCCUCUUGCUGAAGGGGUUAACGUUAGUUGGUAAUGCAGACAAAAUUGUGUUUGUUUCAUUAUACAAAUGCCAUUAAAUGAGUUGUCUGUGCAUUGAAAAUGGACUUACUGUUUUGAAGGGAUUAGGAUGCUUUUGUUAAUCGUUUAUUUUUGUGCUCAGCAUUCAUUACACGGUAGCCACUGGUAUCUGAAAAAAUCAGUACCUUUUCAGAUUUCAAUUUGUUUUUUUCUAGUUAAUAGAGGUUUUGCUCACAGUGUUUAAGAGACUGGUAAGGUAGGUGCUGUCAUUGAAAUUCAGUGGGAUAGAGUUUCAGCGGGAAUUAGAAGAGCUGUUCAGCUUUUACAUAGUGUUUCAGGAAUCCGCUUGUGUGUUUUUUCAUUACUACUGUUUUAUGCAGUCUGUAAGUGUCCAGAAAAUAAUGAAACAGCCAAGGGAGGGUAAAAUAAUCAAGAAAAUGCAAAAUACUUUGGACAAAAACAUUGUAUUAUUUUUACACUAGAAAAGUAAACUCUUAAAAUUAAUUUUAUAGAUACUAUCUUUGCUACUUCAGCUGUUACGUUUGCGAACAAAGACACUCUUAACACUCCUCAUGCCUAGAAUUUCAUCUAGGCUUUCUGAAGGCUGUAAUCCUGCUGACUGUCUUCCUUACCGUUAUAGCAUGUUCUCAGCCGGCCUAAAUCAUGCAUAGCCUUCAGUAUCCCCUGGGCUGCCCCACACUGCUCCUGCCAGAACUCCUCCUCUUCUACUGUCAAAUAUUUAAUACACUCACUGUAUGUCACAUUUCCAGCCUGAAAAAAAGCCAGUGCGGGAGACUUACUGCAGCCUCUGUGUCUUCAGCAGUGGAUGCAAAGUCUAGAUACAGAAGGCAAGGCAAUAGUGACUGGCUUCAAACCAAAUUUGGUAAUUUUUGGGUAGGAAGGCAAAUCUUCUCCUAGUGGUUCUGAGGCUGAAGGUGUGCUGAAGAAUGACUGCAGUGUAAAUUGCUUUGUUGAAGCCUUUGUUUUCUGUAUGGUGCUUACAGUUCAGAUCUUCCAAGCUUUGCCUUCCAUGGGAGCUUUCUCUGUGAGCUGCUUGCAAGACUGGGUUCCUCUGCACAAGACUGGGUGCAUGGAUGUGAAAUGCAGUUGCAGAAAUAUCCAGAGCAUUCAGGGAUGUGCAGACAAAAUGUGGCAUAAAAUGUCUUAAUGGAGUCUGAAAGCCGUCAGGGGAAGAAAAGGUGAGAAUCUGAUUUUGCUGCAGUUUAUGGCAGUGCCUGCAAGCUGCCUGGUGCUGCUGCUGGAAAGGGUUUGGUGCCAGUUCUGCAGCACUGUGAGAACUGUAUGCCCAUGCCGCCUGCUUCCACUCAGCUUGGGAUGUGAAAUGCACUUGGCUGUAAGCACGUGACAAGCCUCACUGGUACAAAUGGGUCUCUAAAUACUGAAGCCUGACAUCGCUUGGCCAUAGGUGCAUUGUCAGCAUUUGGUUUUGUCCAUGUGACCCAUUUAUCUCAGGGUCAACUUGAGUAGAGCAAAUAUUCAAGAUUGGAAGAAAAAAACCUGACAGAAUAUUUAAGUGUGAUGAAGACAGUAUAAAGGCAGUGGGAAAACCUGGCAAACACAAUGGAAGUUUUUGUCUUUUUUUUUCUAAAGAAGACAAAAUUAUCCUUUAAUAUCCUACUUCGUUUUACACUGGAAUUAGAAAAUAAUUUCCAUUUGUUUUAAUUAUCUGCUGGCCUUAACUCUGCCUUUGACAAGCACUUUUGCUAUGACAACCCUUGGUCUCAUGGUGAGCAGUGCUAGGGAGAAACAGCUAAAGUAAGGCUUUUAUCUUUCUAUGCAUGCAAUAUUUUAAUCUUUCUAAUCUUUUAUUGUGAAUGUGUUUUCUCCCAUUUUGUAAAUUGACAAGAUUAGCACUGUUUCUUCCAAAACAGCGGCUGAAAAACAUAACCAAAUUUCCACCUAACAAUGUCAAUUCUGAUUCAUUCUCAGUUAAACCUCUAAGACUAACUUCCAGCCACUGACUUUAAUAACAAAUUAACUUUUUUAAGAACAAUUUGUAAAAAAUUAAUUUUGUUAAUUCUUUUGUUUCAUAAGAAAAAGAUUCACUGUCUUGCCAAAUAAUAGUAAUAAUAAUAAUAAUAAUAAUAAUAAUAAUAGUAAUAUUUCUAUGCAGUGUGUGAAUCAGUGAUGUUGCUGUUUAAAUUUUGCAUGUUUUCUAGGUGUUUUGACAUUUGUAUGUUUAUGUGGUAUUUGUAAAAAUGCUAACUAUUGCUGCUAUAAUCACCACUGUUGUAAGUAACUGAAAACUGUACUAUGAAGCUGUGCCAGUUAGCAGGAUUUUUUUUGUGUGUCAUGGUAAAAUUCUGCAUUCUGCUGUUCAUUUCUUGUUUUAAGCCAGUAUUUAGUGCCUUCUGUGGAAGGAAUCAAUAUGUUGUGGUAGACAGGAGGUGCCAAACUUCUAAUAUCUUGUUCUGCACAGAUGAUCACUUACCAGCUUGAAGCAUAAAAAAAAAAAAAGGUAAAAAGAAAAGAACAGUCUUGAACUCUCCAUCUUUCUUCAAAAUGUCUUCUCAUUAAUGUUCAUUUGGAAAAAAACCUCUUUAACAGAGCUGAAAAGAAGCCAUCUUCCCCAGCUAUACCUCCUGCAGCAGCAGUCUGCCAAGUGUGAAAUAUGAGGGGUACAACGGAAUCUGUAGUACCCAAAUAUUCCUGUUGGUAACGGAUCCAGUGAUUAGCCGAGCCUGUUAAAGUCAUUGCAGAGCAUGCUAAAAUGCCAUUUAAUGAAAGCAAUCCUCUGAUUGCCAUAAGAAACUGUUAGCUCUCACAACAGUUGUGAGCCUGCUCUUGUAAACAAGUGUCAGCUUGGUCAAGCGAUGGAUUCCAGUCCCCGUUCCGCCUCCGCUGAAGCCACACAUUGCUGCCAAAUGAGACUUGGACGAAAUUCAAGCUCAAGAUUUUUGGUCUUGUUCUUUUCAACUGCUUUCAUGGCAGACAAUCCCUGUUUAUCAAAAUUCUGACAUUACAUUUUCAGUUCCUUUUCCACCCUCUGCUUAGAAUCUGGCAGUAUAGCAAAUACACACAUUCAUACACGAUCAUUUUGAUUUUGAUAAGAUUUUGGCAGGCUGAAAUUGUACCAUAUUUAAUCAUACAACAGAAACAGACAGGAGGGAAAUGCGAGAUGUUCAUCUGUCUAGUGCAUUUCCCAGCCAGCAGGCAUGGUCAACUACAUGGUCUUUAAAAUAGUAUUUUGUAUGGAAAAAAGAAAAGACUAACCAUCAGUUUUCCAUUUCUACUGAGAGAUAAAAGCUUGUUAUACAUUUUGAAAAGACUUUUCAAAUCAGAAUACAGUUUUAACAAAAACUGUCAUGGGAAAACAAGAGUACAUUGAAUUAAUCCUUGCGGACACUGGUCUAAAGCCAUAUCUGUUCCCCAGCAAGAUAUUUUACAGGCCUCAUCACGUAAAAUACUUCCAAAAAACAAGUUUAUGCCAAAAUUUUCAAUGUAACCCUUCUUUCUGUGAUACCAGCACACUUCCAAAAAGCAGUAUUAAUGGAUGCAGCCCAGAACACACUGAAAAUCAACCCAUGUGAUAGGUCACAAGCCAGUACCCCACAAAGUGAUGAAUUUGAAAGCCCCAGCUGAAGAUCUAAAGUGGUUAGGAUGCUUAGAAGCCUUUUGCAGCACCUCAGUUCCCAUCUCUUGGAGGAAAUAGGGCCUUCUUCAGAAACGUUAGGCCCUUUUAUUGUUCUUUAAAAACUGGUAGCUUCUUCAGGCUCCUUCUGCCAGAUCAGAAGCCAGCUGAGAGCAGUUGCAAUGUGUUUCUCCAUUGUUUUGCUUGUCUAGUAGCCAUUUACACAUGAAUGCGUGCUUCCACUUGCCUAAGUGAAGAGUUUGGACUCCACAGAACUCCUGCCUAUGUGGCCCUAAUAUGAAAUAUGCAAGGCAGUGAUAUAUGGUCUUAUAUCCUGCAUUUCUUCUCUUUAUAGCUAGAUCUGAGUCUUCAAGGUCUCACAAAUGUCACUAAUUGUCUUACCAAUUGGUCUUCCUAGCUGCUUCUAUGUGUUGGCCCAACUUGCAAAAAUAAAUGCAUCAGAUUCCUGCAGCACACAGAUGUUUUUCUCCCCCAUCUUCUCUUCUGUUGUGAAGCUAGAUAUAUCUGCAUUACCUUCAGCUUAGAUUUGAAUCAGGAAAGCAAUCAAUAUCCUUUAUUUAGCACUUUGCAUGCUGGAAAUGCAGUUACUCUACAGGUGCUGAUCUGGCAUUAGGAUUUAGCCUGCUGCAUGUGGUGUGUUAGAGUCUCUAGUGGCAUUUGUUUGCUUUUCACCAUGGUUCACUGGUUUCAAGAUGCAAACUAGCUGAUACUAAUGGUGCGCUGGUUUAGAUGCCACCUCCCAAUCACUGUGAUACCUUCAGUAUGCAUGUUGUCCAGUCCUGUAAUUGCUUUUCUAAUUGCAUUUUUCUGAAGGGCAUUGUAUUGCAGGACAAGCUUUUUAUUUUUUUUCUUACUAUUUUUUUUUCCUUUUUCUGUUUCUUUUUCCUUUUCUUUGCCUUUUCUUUUUCGCUUGCCUGUGCCUUUGCCUUUUUUCUUUUCUCCAAGAAAAAAAAUAUAGCUUAGGCUGUGCUGCUGUGAAGAGCUAGGAGAGAAUUAUCCAUCCAAACCCGAGUGGAAUUUGGGGAUUUGCUUAGAUUUUUUUAGACCCCCUUUGCAAGCCCCAGCUGUAAUCAGCUAUUUAAGGCAGAGAUCUUAGCAUGAGCAGUGCUACAUAUCUGCCACUCAAAAUGCAGUUUUCCACACUGGGAACCUUCUUACACAGAUCUCUUGCCCCUGCAUUUGGGAGAUUAUAUAUACACUGUUUUGUUAGGGAAAAGUAACAUUUUGAUGCAUUUCAAUGCAUUAAGCUCUGCAAGUCUGAGGGGAAGGGAAAGAUUACUGGAUCAUUUUCUGAAAAUCUGAGCAAAAAUUGUCAACUACAGUCCAUUUUCGGAGCUGCCUAUUCAACCCCAUUGUCCUCAAAUUACCUUCUCCCUGGAGUUGCACAGCGACCUGAGAAAAAGGAGUGCAAAGGCUUUGCUGUACAUGAGGCAAGAUUUCAUGACUUUGAAUGAGGAAAGAUUUCAAGAUAUACUUUGAACCCUAGGUCUCCAACUGGGUUUUCAGGACUGGUAAUCUUCUUACUUGUCAGCUGGGUAGGUUUUGACCCAUAUGGAUGCCAUACUGCUAUUUCUAUAUUUUUAAGAAGCAGAUUUCCUACAGGGUAAGGUACUUCACAGGUGAAGACCAAUAUGGUCAUCAAAGUUGUCUGUCACUUGUCCCAGCUGAGAACUGUUUGGUGGGUGGUUUUUUUGUGUGGUGUAUUUUCCCCCUACUGUGAGACACUCCAGUCUUCUUUAAUUGGGAUAGAGUAAACAAACAUAUGUUGUACUGCUGUCACACUUCAGUCAGAUGUCUCCUUGAAAAAUGUACUUUCAGUGUUUGAGUACAGAAGUGCCCUCAAUAAGAAGAAUGCAAAUCCAAGAGGCUGGGUUUUUUAAAUGAUGUCUGAGUUUCAUCCCUUGCUCAGUUGUCAGAUUAGACUUUUGAAAAGAAUGGAUUCAGUUGUGUGCUAACUGGAGUGUGAUAUCCACUUUUACUGAUCUGCAAAUUCCAGAGACAUUCUGAUCUUUAUUGCACUCCAGCUCCAUUUUUAUUCCCUUAUGAUAAUCUUUAAGAAGUCUGGUUCUGCUGCAUUAGAUUGAUUUCACUGUCUGUACGAUGUUUGCUGCUAUUGUAGUGUGAAUUUUUAUUUUUGAUUUUUUUUAACUUUGUAUUGGUACAGCCUUAAACUUACAGAAUUAAAGACCAUUUAAAAAAUAAUCAAGGUAGUCAUUGAUGUCUGUGGUAAGUGCAUGCUUUAUUCACAGUAUUUUGUCUGUAAUUGGUUGUAGCAAUAAAGUCUCAUAUAUUUAAUAAACUGCUUUCUGCAAAGUUGACUGCUUUCUUCAAUCUAGUGAAAACAAUUUACUUGGCAUUUCAAAGCACAUUGUAUAAAAGAAGUACAGCUCACUCUCAUGCUUUUCAAGUGCGAGUAUCAGCAUAGCUGGGAAGUUCCCAUGGACCUGUGAUGCAUUUUGAUUAGCGGAGUGCAAAUAGGCUCACCGAGAAAUAGUUGCUGUCAUACCCUCUUACUUCUGGGGUUGUGUUUCACGAAAACUUUUAAACAGUUGCUUAAGUAAGUAUGUCCUUCCCUGCUCAGGAAUGCACUUAAAAGCAAGCUUGA